AUGGGUAAAUCAAAUUCAAAAUCUAUUCAUUCCUCUCCUUCCCUAACUUCCAUAUCAUCGGGAACAUCAAUUCCAAGACUUCUUAGAACGCAUCGUCAAAAAAAUUCUUCUAGUUCUGCUUUCACUUAUUUUUCAUCAAGUUCUUCAACCCAUUUAUCUAUAAAUUCUCCAAAUUCUUUAAAUUCUCAUCUUGAAUCCAUGUCAAAAUAUCCUUCUUCAUUACAUGAGAAUAGUAUCAAUUCUGAAGAUUUUGAUACUUUUCAAUAUAUUGGAAAUCGAAAAUAUUGUAGGAGUGGAAUUGAGGAUGUGAACUAUGUGUAUCCAGUCGAUGAUGAUGAAGUUGAUCGGUGCCAAAUGCAACAUUUUUUAAUGAAACAUAUUUGGGAAGGUAAUUUCUCGGCUCCUGUUGAGGAACUCUUAUCCAGUCAUAAUACUAAAGUCCUUGACAUUGG